UUGGUCAAGAUUGAAAUAUAUUAGAAAAUAAUUCAGUUGAUGCAAUCCGAAAUCAGAACCGAAUAAGAUGUCCCAGCCGAACCAUAAUUCCCUUUCUUUAUAGGACUUUUUUAUAGUUUUCCAUUUCACUGAUGAUCCACAAAUGACAUUUUCCUGCAAUCUAUAUCUAUAUCAUCAAUUAGAUUUGCUGCCGGAGGGUCUGCGCUUCAGCUACGACGAUCCACACCUUUGGCAAAACAGCUAUCCCCAAUGUGGGGGUGCCUAUCAGUCGCCCAUCCCAUUGAGCACACACAAGGCGAUACCCAUUGGCUUGCCGCCGCUGCACUUUGGCCACUAUGAGCAGCCCUUCGAUGAGCUCUUGAGUGUGCGAAAUAAUGGACAUACAGUCGAGUUCAAAGUGCCGGCAACUGUGCUGGGGGAACGUCCUUAUGUCACCGGCGGACUCCUGGGCGACUUCUACGAGGCGAUGGCUGUGCACUUUCAUUGGGGCUCGCCGCAACGCAAGGGCUCCGAGCACGUGCUGAACGGACGGCGCUACGAUCUGGAAAUGCACAUCGUGCACCGCAAUACUAGAUACCAGAGCGACGAGGAGGCCAGAAAUCAAACCGAUGGCCUGGCCGUACUCGCUGUGCUCUUCAAGGUGGUGCGUACCAGCUAUCCGUACUAUCAGCCCGGUCUCAAUGAGAUCUUUGGCUCGCUGCUGCACCUGGGCAACUUUAAUAGCAGCUACACCCCACCUGCCUUCCUGACACUCGGAUCGCUGCUUGGCAACCUGGAUAGGGGCAACUUUUAUGCCUACAUGGGCUCACUGACCACGCCCCCAUGCUCGCCGUCUGUGCUGUGGCACGUGUUUGCCGAGGUGUUGCCCAUUUCGCAUUUGGAGCUGCCGAAGUUUUGGCAACUUAGAGACCGCCGAGGGCGACCGCUGCUGCACACAUUUCGACCACUGCAGUCGCUGGAGGCGCGUCAGGUGUUCCGACGUCGGGCCCCCGCCGAAACGUAUGUCUGGUCCUAAUAAAUUUUAAAUCUACCUAAACUACUAUGCGUUAAACGGAUUUAUUGCCAAGAAAGAAAUUUUGUCUGUAUAAAUUUUGAGUUAUUCAUUCAACCAAUUUGAUG